GCUGAACUUUGAACAGGCAAGAGUAAUACCGUGUUAAACAUUUAGUGUGUAAUGUGGUUUUCCAGCGUUGCUUAAGCAAUCUCCUUACGUUCAGUAUGCCUUAUGUAUUAGUUUCUACACAGAUAAGAUUGGAAAGAGGCCCAACGAUUGUCGGUGAUGAGAAUUCUGAUCCGGAGUUAAUGCUUAAACUUGGUGCUGUUAAAAAAGUUGAUCCUGGGAAUAACUUGAACAUUGGUGCAUUAAACAUGGCUAAAGUCCAGGUGAUGAAUGUUGUUGUACUCGACAAUCCGUCAGCUUUCUUGAAUCCAUUUCAGUUUGAAAUAACAUUUGAGUGUGUAGAAGAUCUCCAGGAAGAUCUCGAAUGGAAAAUAAUUUAUGUUGGUUCUGCAGAAAGUGAAGCAUUUGAUCAGGUACUAGAUACUGUGUAUGUGGGACCUGUGCCAGAGGGACGGCAUAUGUUUGUAUUCCAAGCAGAACCUCCAGAUCCAAAAAAAAUACCAGUGGCAGAUGUUGUUGGUGUCACUGUUGUGUUGCUCACAUGUUCAUAUAGGGGCCAGGAAUUCAUCCGUGUUGGUUACUACGUAAAUAACGAUUACACGGACCCUGAGCUGCAGGCCCAGCCACCAGCAACACCACAGUUCGACAAACUGCAACGCAAUAUUCUCGCAACAAAUCCUCGAGUAACUCGUUUCAAGGUUGACUGGGAUGACAACCCCAGUAGAGCAACAAGUAAUGGAGGUGGCGAGAAUGGUACUGCUGUGAUGGAAAGUGGAAGUACUACAAAUGGCAUGCGCUCAUCCCUUGAGGCAACUAUGACAGCAAAUAGUUUGGAUGGUGGACCUAUAAGGGCUAGUAUAUUAGCUUCUGGAGAGACAAGCAUGGAGAUGUAGUUGUUUAUUUGUGAAACAUUGUUAAAAGUGCUGCAAAGAAAGUGGUUAAGACAUUCAAUUGCAAAUUUUGCAAGCAAGACUGCAGUAAUAAAACAUUAUUUAAGGCAAGCUGACAAGAUGAAUCAAUACAGCGGUG